AUGGAUCUAGAAAUAAAACAAUGUAGGGAUACGCUGGGCGGUGAGGUUGGAACCAACGUACGCGCAAUACUCGCAGAACUUCGGGCAUCAGAGUUUGAUAAAUGGUCACAAAUGCCGCAGAGAGGAAUAGGAAUAAAAUGGUUUAAAUCAUUUACCCCUGCGAACAGCUGGGUAUCAAAUAAAUUAGGCAUAACUAGUAGCGACUGGUGCAAUGGCAUUAAGAUGUCAAUGAAUUCAAUGUCAAAUCGUGCGACGGGAGGUCGGAGUCAGGGAAACCGCCACUGCAGGAAUCCUCCUUGCGGUGAGAAAAACACAAUUGAAACGCUUUCCCAUAUCCGAGGCUCUUGUCCGAGAUCCGAGCUGCUCAGAAACGCUGCACACCAUAAAAUUCGCACCCAGCUAGCUAAUCUAUUUCGGGAAAAAGGAUUCGAAGUACAUGAAGAGGUACACUGCUUGGCACUCUCCGACGAUAACAACCAUCAUAACAGGAGAGCAGAUAUAGUCAUCCUUGACCGGACAAAGGACAAAGGAAUGAUUAUGGACCCUACACUCCGAUGGGAAACAAACGAGGAUAAUCAAGACAAAUUAGUGGACGAAGAAAAUAAAUCUAUCUACGAGCCAACAGUCCCUUUCUUCAAAGAAAAAUACCAAAUAAAUAAUUGGGAAGUUCAUGGCCUAUGGUUCGGAGCACGUGGGACUGCAUCCCCUCUGCUUAAAGACUUCUUCAAAAACAAGGCAUUAGAUCUAAGAGAACUAAAAGAUAUUUCUUUGACUGUCAUGAGAGACACACUUAAUAUUAUCCAUAAGCAUUUAUACUCUUAA